CUCAGCCUUACUCUUGUUUCCAAAUUCCAACCAGUCAACACUUUGAAUCAGAAGAAACAGAUACGUGAAUUCUACGUCUCCCCGACCCAUUCCCCGCCAAAUUCAGAUUUUUGAGAUGACGGAUGAGGAAUCCGCCGCUCAACUCGACCUAUCUCCGCCAAAUUCAUAUUCUGCGGUUGUCAUAGGCGGUACUUUUGAUCGCUUACACGACGGCCACCGCAUCUUUCUCAAGGUUCCCUGAUUCCUCACAUUCGUUUUUUUUUUCUGCACUUCUUGCAUAAACCUAUCUUUAUAAUUCUUCACAAAAUUCUCCUUUGUUAAUUUUGAAUUGGAUAUUGAAUAUGAUGUGUCCUAUAGGCUGCAGCAGUGUUGUCCCUAGAGCGAAUCGUAGUUGGUGUUUGCGAUGGCCCGAUGUUGACAAAGAAGAAGUAUGCCGAUCUAAUAGAGCCAAUUAAACAAAGAAUGCAAAAUGUUGAGGACUACAUUAAGAGCAUCAAGCCUGAGCUGGUUGUACAAGCCGAACCAAUUGUUGAUCCUUAUGGUCCUUCAAUCAUUGAUGAGAAUUUGGAGGCUAUUGUAGUCAGCAAAGAGACACUACCGGGUGGUUUUGCUGUCAAUAAGAAAAGGACUAAGAGAGGUCUCUUACAACUUAAGAUUGAAGUUGUGGAUAUACUCUUUGAAGAAUCAAGUGCAGACAAACUAAGUUCUGCUUUGAGAGAGUUAGAAGCCAAAAAGCUCAGGUUAACUCAUACAGACUGAUAGAUAUAAAGUUCUGUUGCUCUUAAGGUGAAUUAUGUGUUAUCACUUAUCAGACAUUGUGUUGCCUUCUCGAAUAUAGUGGUGGAAUGGAUAGUUAUGCUUGUUAUUUCAUUUCAAAUUAUUUCAAAUUAUAAAUUGGCAAGUAGACUUCUUUUACAUUUUUU